UAAAAUUUCAAUUUUUAAUUAAUCUGGGAGCAGCUUGGAGGAUACUAUGACGGUGGAAGAAAAUCCUAGAGCUAAAAGAAAAUCCGAAACUGAUCAGCGGGGUAAAUUCGAGUGCUCUAAAUGCAAGAACACUUUCAGCACCAAGAACAGCUGGAUAUAUCACGAGAAAUACCAGUGCGGAGUACCACCGAGGUACCAGUGCUCUUACUGUCCCUACAAGUCCCGCAAGUCUGCCAACGUGAAGAAACACUCGAUUAGAAUGCACAAAGGACGUGACCCAGUGAUUGUUCAACUCUGGAAGCCUGUUCUCAAAUCUGGAGAGUUUCCUUGUCCUAAUAAAAAUUGUGGGCGGGUUUAUAAGUUGACCGAUAGCUUGAAGUAUCAUUUGAAUUACGAGUGCGGGAAAAAAUUACCUACUAAAUUCAAGCGAUGCGAGUAAUUAGGCUCAUUGCAAGUUUGAUGUCAAGCUUUACUUGA